CGUUAUAUUCAGCUGUUACACCCAUAGACCUGUAUAGCUAGCUACACCACCAGUUUCGGGCAGCGAUUCGUUUCUCUGAAUGAGAAAACUGUUUUCUCUGAAAGCAGAAUUACGGUAGAACCAGAGUCGUUUAAGGAUAAUGUAUAUACGGCUCGUGAGUAGCUAAUAUUUUUGGAACAACACGGCAACCGAUCAGAAAUCAGUUUCCGUGGAUGGGGCAGUUGACUUUCAAUUGUUAUUUUUCCUGGAUUUAGCCUGUCAGGCUAAAUCUUCGAUUGCUGCUGCUCCGACAAAAUGUCUUUGUUGUAGAUAUUGUCCGGGGAAAAGUUAGACCAACGAGUCGUAGUAUUGAUCGAUGCACAGUGCCGAAGAGUGCACUCCCUGCGGCCUUUAGUUUGCAAAAGAGGAGGUGUUUCUGUACGGUUUCUGGACAGGAAGCGUUGCCUGAGACACCUAAUCCAGGGCACUAAUCGCCCCUUUCAACUCGUCAAAUCAGGCCAACUGUGUCCGGUGACAAAAUAAACAGCUUGCUUGCAGCUUCUUACCAGCGAAUUAAUCGAGGAGGUUGGACCCAGUUCCCGGCUGGACGACGAGUCGCCGGGUUUCACCUGAACUCUAACGGACUUCCUUCUCAACUACCACCACCUCCACCAUGACUGCUGCUGUGAGAGGCCGUGCCAGUGUGCCUAUCCGAGGCACUGGCGAUGGCAUGGAAACAGAAAAACCGCCCGCCAUCCUGGAGGUAAACACGGAGACACUGCCACCAGGUCCGUCUGCAGUUCCCCUUCUUAAGGUGGCUAGCCCCAAACACUGUCCCAAAUCUACCCAUCCUGCUCCCCCCCAGCCUCUCGGGGUGCUCCACCUGGGCAGGGUGAGUCGAGAGGCCUGCACGGAGGUGGAGGCUGUGAGGAUCAUUGUCCCACGUGCUGCUAUUAGCCGGCACACCCGUACAAGACCUGCUGAGGGCAAAGGGGAGGCUGGGCAACAGGCUGAGGAGCAGGGCUCUCCCCCGCUGCCUCUGGUGGAGGACUGGAGAGGACAGCUGGAUAAGCUGCAGAACUCUGAACGCAGGCUGCUGCAGGACAAGGAAGGACUUUCCAAUCAGCUCCGUGUGCAGACAGAGGUGAACCGUGAGCUGAAGAAACUGCUGGUGGCAUCGGUGGGUGAUGACCUUCAGUACCACUUUGAGCGUAUGUCGCGGGAGAAGAACCAGCUGAUUCUGGAGAACGAGGCUCUGGGCCGGAGUCUGGCACACACCGCAGAGCAGCUGGAGCGAAUGAGUAUCCAGUGUGAUGUUUGGAGGAGCAAGUUCCUGGCCAGCAGAGUCAUGGCAGAGGAGCUGACGAAUGCCAGAGCAGCGCUGCAGAGACAGACCAGGGAGGCCCAAGGAGCUAUCCAGGACCUGCUGUUGGAGAGGGAAGAGUUCUCCAGCGACAUGGUGCUCACUCACAGAUCUCUGGAGCAGCUCCUGGUGUCCCUGCAGUGGGGUAGACCGCAGACGUACUACCCCAGCGCGCAGCCCCUCAGCACCGGAGAUCUGGCGGCAGCCAAUCGCAAGCUAGCAGACGCCAUCAACUCCCACCUGCUGGGUAACACCAGCAGCGCGGUGGUGAAGAGCAGCAGCGCCACGGCGGAGCAGCUCUGCAGCACUCCGGCCGAGAAGAUGGCUGAGAAGGUGCUGAAGAAUUUGGAUCCAAUUUCCUGUUCAGAAAACACAGCAGACCCUCCGCUCAGCGACUCCACCCCCUCAAACUUUCUCAGCAAUAAGAAGAGCAUCGGCAGGUUUCACCCAUACACCCGCUACGAGAACAUUACUUUUAACUGCUGCGAGCGCUGCACCGGAGACAUCCUGGUGCUGUAGCUGGGUGGAGGAGCACCAGUGCAGCAUCGGAGCUUUUUACGAAAUGACUUGAGAUCUGAACAGGAGUGUAUUCUGGGGGGGAUAUUAAUGUUCUGUGUCAACUUCUGCUCCUUCAGUCGACACCAAAAGUGAGCUUCUCCAGCAGACAUUUCUUUUUGUAUCAGCUACCCAUUUUAGUGCGUUGCAUCUCUGAUCUUUGGAUUUCCACAAGUUCAGAUGUUUUUAAACUUGAUCAACCUGCUGUUAAUUUUGCUCUCUUUAACCUGGG